AUGUCUGCGUCGGUCUUUGCUCAGCGUUCAUUUGUAUGCAGAGUAGGUCGCAAGGCGCGAAUUGAUUAUAGAGGCAACUUGUGUAUUUCCAAACAGGCAAAUGGCGGAGGGAAAAACGAAAUAGACGACAUUUUUCGUAUCGUUUAUUUCUCUCUUAGUCACUUUGAGAAAUUCGAGAUGGUUUUUUUCUUCUGCUUCCAUUUUCUUUCACUCUUUGGACUCUUUGCCUCACCAACCUUCUACCUUCCCCACCCAUCUCUGAAGUCCAUUCUUUUUAUAAUUUGGACACACGCAGUUUUUUACUUAAAAUAUUUCACUUUUUCUCCUUCAUACCCCCCCCCCGCUCUCCGCCGACACCAAAUUGGGGAUUUUUAUUUUCACCAUUCUUAUUCUUAUUUUUCUUCUCCCCACCUCCAUUUUUCCUCACCCCCUUUUUUUCCCUCAUUUUUUUUUUUUUCGGGAUUUUGUUUAUGUUUUCAAUUCUUUCAUUUUAGAAAGAUAAAAGGUUAUUUACAGCGGUUAUUUGCAUUCAUUUGCUUUCGUCAUCUUUUUCACUUCCUCCUCCCUAAAUCUUUCUUACUUUCAUUAUUUCCUUUUUCAUUUUAUCUCUUUAUCUCAAUUCGUGCUUUCCUUUCCUUUCCUUUUCUUUUUCUUUUCUUUUCUUUUCUUUCCUUUCUUUCUUUCUUUCUUUCUUUCUUUCUUUCUUUCAUUCAUUCUUUCUUUCUUUCUUUCUUUCUUUCUUUCUUUCUUUCUUUCUUUCUUUCUUUAUUUAUUUAUUUAUUUAUUUAUUUAUUGAAUUCUUUCUUACUCCCUCCAUUUCUUUCUUUCUUUCUUUCUUUCUUUCUUUCUUUCUUUCUUUUUUCUUUCUUUCUUUCUUACCUUAAUCUCUUUUUCUUUCUUUCUUUCUUUCUUUCUUUCUUUCUUUCUUUCUUUCUUUCUUUCUUUCUUUUCUUUCUUUCUUUUUCUUUCUCAUGGAUUUCUUCAUUCUUUCAUUUUAUCACAAUUUUCCCCCAUAUUUUUAUUUUUCUAUCUUGCCUCCAUUUUUUUUUGUAUGUUCCUUUCUUUCUUUUCAUCUCUUCUUCCUUGAUUUUUAUCUCAAUCCUUCCCAUCUUCUUCCUUUUCUUCUUUCUCCAAACCCCCAUUCACCAUUUUCUUUAUAUUCUCAAAAAUGACUGCUGUUUCAUAUUCAGUAAUUCUUCGCUGAUGAUGGAAUUUACAGAUGCAUUUUUCCAUUCCCACUUUGAAUUUUUUACUUUUUUGGCAAUAUUAGUUAAAAGCAUUUUAUUUCGAAAAAGGCGCUUCAUGAUGCGAAGCCAUUUCGGAAAGAAUGACCCCGAUGAACCCAUUUCAUGGAUCUUAUGUGUGUUGAAGAGGACAGCUAUCGGCUGA